UGUACCUAAUGCUAGUGAACAGAUUUGUCGUGACACAAACUAGCUACACAUUGGCACAAAAGCCAUGAAAAGAUGCCCCUUCACGGGAUUAAAACUCUAAAACAAGCAACGAGAAGUCCGGUAAAACUUUGCUUAAGUGUGAAUAAACUUUGAUAGAAUACAACCCGAGCCACUUCUCCACAGUUCCGAGUGUGUUAGCAUUGUUUUAUCUCACCACUAUAUUGCCAUUGGACGCGUCUUUUUUUAUUUUCUCUUCUUCUGGACCUGUCCAGUCUGAUGAAUUCACCGAAAAAAGACGGAGACGAUGAUGAUGUACCCGUUAAAGACCCGGUGAAAUAUGGCGAGCUGGUCAUUUUGGGGUACAAUGGCUCUCUUCCUUGCGGCGACCGGGGGCGCAGAAAGAGUCGCUUCGCUUUGUACCGAAGGACCAAGGCCAACGGUGUUAAACCCAGUGCUGUUCACAUCCUCAACACCCCACAGGACAGCAAGGCUGUACACAGCAGGGGGCAGCACAGCAUUUCUUUCACUCUCUCCCGCAACCAGACCGUGGUGGUGGAGUACUGCCAUGACAACAACACAGACAUGUUUCAGAUAGGACGCUCCACAGAAAGUCCCAUCGACUUUGUGGUGACAGAUACAUCGGGAGGGGGGAAAGAGGGGGAGGACCCCUCCAUCGCUCCAAGCACGAUCUCACGCUUUGCCUGCAGAGUUGUGUGUGAACGCAACCCACCCUACACCGCACGGAUUUAUGCUGCAGGCUUUGACUCCUCCAAAAAUAUCUUCCUAGGAGAAAAAGCAACCAAAUGGAAAAACCCAGAUGGGCACAUGGAUGGUCUGACUACCAACGGAGUUCUAGUGAUGCACCCUGAAGGUUUUCCAGAGGAUCCCAAACAGGGACUGUGGAGAGAAAUCUCCGUCUGUGGUGACGUCUACGCCCUGAGAGAAACACGCUCUGGACCCAGCAGGGGCAAACUGGCAGAGGGAGAGAGCAGUGCACUACGAGAUGGUUCCCUUGUCGACCUGUGUGGUGCCACCCUGCUGUGGCGUACAGGCGAGGGGCUCAUGCGUGCUCCCACCCUGCGCCACCUAGAGGCACUUCGCCAGGAGUUAAAUGCGUCCCGGCCCCAGUGUCCAGUAGGCCUCAGCACACUGGCCUUCCCCAGCCUGCCACGCAGCCACAGCCUUGAAGAACGUCAGCCUUGGGUCUACCUCACUUGUGGCCAUGUCCACGGGCGUCAUGACUGGGGUCAGAGAUCUGCGGUAGAGCAGGAGCCGCGAGAGGGCGAGGGCUCCACCACCCGUCGAGAAUGUCCCCUGUGCAGGAGUGUGGGUCCCUAUGUGCCCCUUUGGCUGGGCUGUGAACCUGCCGUGUAUGUGGACGCCGGCGCUCCUUCAUACGGUUUUGUGCCGUGCGGUCACGUCUGUUCAGAGAAGACGGCCAGGUACUGGGCCGAGACCCCGCUCCCUCACGGGACCCACGCCUUCAGACCCGUCUGCCCCUUCUGCUCCGCGGCCCUCAACAACCCCGGCUGGACACGGCUCAUCUUCCAGGGCCCCAUCGACUAGUCGCUACAACAUAGUAACCACUAUUACAGAAACAGGAAGAUGCCUGAGGUUCAUUCAUUUUGCAAACGUUUACCAGAAUGGAAAGGUAAUUAAAUAGGAGUGUUUAGUGUCAUUUUUACAUUUUUCUCAGUCGCUUUUGUGCUUUUUCUCAGAUCAGAAUUAAAAUGCUCAAAAAUCGUCAUUUAGUCAAAACAAAGCCGAUUAUGAACAAAUGUUCUGAGAAGUUAAUGCAACUGUCGGCUAAUUCCUAGAUUUACUAAUCACGUAUUUGAUCAGAAUGUAUUAUACCAGUUCUAUAUUGAAUCUUCUUACCCCCUAAAUUGAUCCCUGAGGAGUAUCUAAUUAACACCACUUUGUAGAGCGAACAAGUAAUUCAACAAUGUACACUUACUGUAAUCUCCUUACACUCACUAUAAUUCUUCACAUUUCAGUUAUUUAUUUUUUGACAAAAUCUGUCAAAACAAUUCGACUACAGAGACAGAAAAAUUGUGAAUGUGAUCUUGUCUGUGUAUAAUGAAAACCAUUGUCGUCAAAACUACUGAAAGGGUUAAUAUUUUGAUUAGCAUUUUCACAAGUACUGACUCAGUAGUUUUUGCAAAUAGUGUUAUUUUUAUGUGUUUACUUACUUUGCAUAUACCAGGGAUGAGUUGGGAAAUGUACCAAAGCGACUGAGUAAAAGCACAUGUGUUCCGCAGUCAGUAUUCUACCGUGUCAGUGAACACUGCACGGAGCUGAAGAGUUCUUUGUCUUGUUUAUCCUUCUGUCCUUGUUAAUUGGUAUAAGAUGAGAACGAUGGGUGGGUAAAAAAACUACAGUAUAUACUUUUCACCAACACUCCCUUUGGGCUUCCGUAGUUCAUAGUGGUGCAGCACUGCAGCAUUACCUCAUAGAGACUGACAGGAUGGCAGCAGUGAAGAGUUAAAGGCUCCGUCUCCUUGACAGCACCUGACACACCUACACUCUACCACAUCGUCAUGUGUUAGAUUUAAAUCAUUUGCUCCAUCAUUUGAAAUUCGACUCUCCUGCAUUCAUACUGAAUGGAAUGACCAGCACACGCCUGCCAUAAACGAAACCCGAUGUGUACAAUUACACUGCUGCUGAAACCUGAAGACUCUUUGAUUAGCAUUGAAGCACCGGAGGGAACAGUUCAGACUAGGCCACGUUCUUAUCCAGAUUAACAUGCAGACAAGGGAUAAACAAAGGCUGGGAAUUGAAAUGGGUGAACUCCACUACAUAACUCCCUAAAGCAAUAAUAGCACUCUCAUAGAUAAGCUACUGUAUAUGUUGUGCUAUGUUUUUAGCCAAGUGGUGUACCAGUGCCAGUUAACAUAACAAGGCAGAGACGGAGUCCAGGUUAAGGGCUCAACCAGAGGUGUGUUCAAUUCCAUUUUAUGUUCAUGGGGUAAUUACAAAAUAACCAAAGGCUGAGAAUCUGAAUCUGUUUUGAUACUCACGUUAGGUCCAUUGAGCUGGCAGACAGUGGCUCAGGUGGUGGAGCACGUUAGCCAAAGUUCACCUGGGUUUGUGGUUUGAUCCUCGGCUCCCCUGAAUCCAAGUCAAAUAUGCAGAGAGUGAUCCACUGUGUCAAGCACUGGUAGGAAAGAUAACAUUUAGAAUGAAAUAACACUGUAGCCAUCACACAUGACCAUCGUACAUUGUUAAGUUAACGUGAACACACCUCUGGUUACUGGAAUAUGCUGAACCGGGUCCAUGUUAGUAAGAUGGAGUGUCAAAAGUUUAACCUUGCAUAACCUCAAAAGAAAACACCUUUUUUCAGUUGUUUGUUUUAAAGAAAGCUAUUUUGUUAGGAAAUGGGGAGGGAUUUAUUUUGGGGAGUGGGAGGAAUUCUUUUAGAUGUUCAGUGUUUAAAAAAGAAAAAAAAAUCAACUAUUUUUCUAACAGAUACUUGGUUUUAGUUAACUGUUACUCAGUGUAAGCAAAUUCUGUAUGUUUCUGAAUAUUCUUGUGUGGUAGAUGUAGGAGAGCUUGUGAGUGAGAAAAUAUUGCCAACACUGUGUCCAACAAACACACUUAACACACUGCUACCGUAAAAACAUUGCCCAGACAAUGAAUGUAGCCAAAUACUCAGGCUAUGUUAAGCCUUCCCUGGUGCUCAUAUUGAAUGGUCUAUAUUGUGAUACUAUUUUUGUAACUAAAUAUUAUGGUGUAGCUUGGUGAACUAGCUCAAAGCAGUCCGAUGAUUUCAAUAAUAGCCUCAAGUAUGGAAGUCGUAUAAGUGACAAUACACACUCACAUGGAAAUUGUGUCUAGCUUGCAUGUGCUGAACGUACACAUACAGUAUGUACACUACACACUUAACACGGAAACUUUGCAUGGUGGAUCGCCAACCUGUUACUCGUGCUGAGAGCGUUUGAUGCAGACCCAGAUGUCUUCCGAGUACUCAGCUGUCAGAACUGCAGAGCAUUAGUUUUGUCUGGAAGACGUCUCAAAAAAACAAAGACAGUAAAGGAAGAGAGUCAAUUUGGCAGAGAGCCUAAAAAAAAAAAAAAAAAAUCCUCAUACUUGAUAGAUGUGUGAUGUUUGUGAAUGAGAACCAUCAAAUACCACAACAGUACUACUAUGCUAACACUUACCACCAAACCAGUUCACUGCAGAAAGAUGUCCACAUCAACACACGGCUGUGUUUAGACCCAUCAUGGUAUGCUUCAAGGCAGCAAACAUCAGCUUGUGCUUUCCAUUUGAAGUCUAAAUACAGGAGUUCAGCUCCUCACAGAGUGUGGUGGACAAAUGACGCAGUGUUGAUAAUUACUGUAGCUCAGGAUUAGUGAUUUCACAGUCACAGCUGGUAAGACCUGAAGGAAGCUCCAGGAGAGAGGAGGGCAGUGCAUAGGUCACCGCCGGUCCAGGAUCAGUCACAUACAGGUCUCACUGCAGCAUACGUGGAUCACGCAAUGAAACCAUCUCGAUCAGCUGCCUUUUACUAAGCACGCCAAAUCCAGUGAAUCCUGCUUUUGAAGAUAGUAUAAACAGCAAUUAAUGUAACACAUUGGCAUGUGGAUGGAAAAACCGCUGCAGCACCCUGACAAAUGUCUUAUGACCCGACUUUUAUUUUUCUUUACAUCUCAUUUGCGUUCUUUAUUUAAUCCCUCUUAGGGUGACGCGUGUCCAUAUGCAAUUUCCUUUUAUUUGUUUUCUAGACCUGAAAAUUAAAGUCGGUCACUUUUUUAGUAUCGCGUCCAGUUGUAAUAAUAAUAAUAAUAAUACCACCCGUGACAUUAUUAGCUCUUCCCUAACUAUUUCAUUUUAUAUACAUGUAUAUUUAAAAGUAUCAGUUAACCUUCAUUCCACAUGGCAAAACCUCAACCUCCUCAAGUGAGUAGGGGACACUUAUUCUACAGCGGAUAACCUCACAGUUAACAAUGCAUUCCUUUAAAUACAUCUGUGUUUUGUACAGCUAUUUUGUAUUAUUUUAUAUCAUAUCCUUCUGUAAUUGUCCGGUGCACAGACAAUCGCUAUACACAUGUCAAUAAACCUGUUAAAAAGUCUGAAA